AGGUUGAAUAUUUUCUUAAUGAAAACUAAAACUAAUUUCAGCCCAGCGUCCCACAUAGUUCUUGACUUGAUUUCUCUCGUAAAUUAUUUGAUUUCUCUAGAGAAAAGGCACGUUGGGCUCACAAAAAACCCCAGAACUAAAUGGAAUUCAAGUGAUUGAACAGAACUCGGUCAAUUAGUUGUUUAAUAAACCGACAAAAGAUAAAUGUCGGUUAAUCGCUAAGCAUUAUUAAACAAAGUUGUAUCAGUUAAAAUGUAAUGUUUUAAACACGUUGCCAUUCCAAACUGAAAAAUCGGUGACGUGUUUGUCACAAGCUACACAUAUAUACAUCAUCGAUUUUUCUAUGUUCUAAAGUGGAGUAAAGUCUUCGGUUCCUUCAAACUUCAUCCAUCCACUUAUUUUUUUAUAGACCCAACUGAGCUAAACGUUUUUUCAACAGAAUCGACAUAAUUAAUACACCCCAGCUUUCAGACUAAAGUUCAAACUUCAAGCCAUAUAUUGACAGUUGCUGAGGGAGGAGGGUGAAGGUCCUGUACAGACGGGGGAUGACUACCCAGUUCCCAUCCCUCUCUCCGGUGCAGAAGAAGGAACUCUCUGACAUAGCCCAGAGGAUCGUGGCUCCAGGGAAGGGCAUUCUGGCAGCAGAUGAGUCCACAGGCACCAUGAGUAACCGCCUGCAGAAGAUUAACGUAGAGAACACUGAGGAGAACCGUAGGACUUUCCGCGACCUCCUGUUCUCUGCAGUUGACCCGAACUGCAUUGGUGGAAUCAUCUUUUUUCACGAGACACUGUAUCAGAAGUCUGACAAGGGUGUCCUCUUCCCCCAGGUCAUCAAGGACAAGGGCAUUGUGGUCGGCAUCAAGGUGGACAAUGGCACAGCUGGUCUGAAUGGAACAGAUGGAGAGAUGACCACACAGGGUCUUGAUGGACUCUCGGGGCGUUGUGCUCAGUACAAGAAGGACGGUUGUGACUUCGCCAAGUGGAGGUGUGUGCUCAAGAUUUCAGACGCCUGCCCCUCAGCCCUCGCCAUUGCAGAGAACGCUAACGUACUUGCCAGAUACGCCAGUAUCUGCCAACAGAAUGGCCUGGUGCCCAUUGUGGAGCCAGAGAUUCUGCCUGAUGGAGACCAUGACCUGCUGUGCACUCAGUACGUCACCGAGAAGGUUCUGGCUGCCACGUACAAGGCCCUGAACGAUCACCAUGUCUACUUGGAGGGCACCCUGCUGAAGCCUAACAUGGUCACCGCCGGACACUCCUGCCCCAAGAAGUUCACCCCCCAGGAGGUCGGCAUGGCCACCGUCACUGCCCUGAGGCGCACUGUCCCUGCCGCCGUGCCUGGCAUCACCUUCCUGUCUGGAGGCCAGAGCGAGGAAGAGGCCACUCAGAACCUGAACGCCAUGAACCAGACGGCCCUGCACCGGCCCUGGAAGCUCUCCUUCUCCUACGGCCGUGCACUCCAGGCCUCCGCCCUCGCCGCCUGGAAAGGCAAGGCCGCCAACAAGAAAGCGGCACAGGAUGCCUUCACCUCCAGAGCCAAGAGCAAUGGCCUUGCCUCCAAGGGAGAGUACACAGUGGUGAUCAGCGCUGACCAGGCCUCCAUGCAGUCCCUGCACACAGCUAACUACGUCUACUAACUAGACCACAUGUCAGACAAGGACCAAAGAAUGCAGAAAAUGUCACCUGUACACGUCCCGUCCCUUCUCAUUCCUGCAAUGACAACAUUCCCCUAUGACCAAUCCAGUUGUACGAGUUAUUAUUUUACUACUAAUAAACAGAUUGAGUAAAUUAAAUAAAUGUGAAAUGUUUAAACUUGGGCCUCCAGAGUGGCGAUGCUAGAGGCGUCACAACAGACCCUGGUUUGAGUCCAGGCUGUAUCACAAUCGGCUGUGAUUGGGAGUCUCAUAGUGCGACGCACAAUUGGUCCAGCACCGUUUGGGUUUGGCUGGGGUAGACCGUCAUUGUAGAUAAGAUUUUGUUCUUAACUGACUUGCCUACUUAAAUAAAGGUUUUUAAAAAACUA